CUGCGCUCAGUUUUGCUCUUUUUUCCAUUACGUCUCCCUCUCCAGUGCGAGUUUUUUUGUUUGUAAAUGUUAUAAUAUUGUAUCUUGGAGCUUUUGGUAUGCAGAAUGGAGGAGACUCAUGCUUUAUACAAUGCGUGCGCGGAACAAUUGCAAUCUGAGUCCCGGAAAAAAGUUAUGAUCGUGCCAGAGAACUUUCUGCGUGAUUCCGCAAGUACCGACGCGUUUGGUAUCAGAAGCAGUCAAGCUGAAGCAAGUGUGGGCAAAUGUCAAGGUGUGCAGCUGCAGUUCCUGAAAUUCCCCCACCCUGCAACAGAUUGUGGUACUUUAUGGGCAUUUGAUUCGCUAAACGGAGAAGUUUAUCAGCUGUUUCAGCUACAAGAAAAGUGUUGCUCGUGGUUCGUCGGAAAUUAUGUCCUGGAAGAUGGAUCUUUCUACAGCUUGGUUCCUGUUGAUCCGCUUUUCCUUGUCAUUCCGUUUUUGUUCAAAUCUAAACAGAAACGGCUGUUCCAGCCCGUCGACCAAAUGUUAUCCGACUGUUUGGUGAAUUCGCCAGAGUACAGGACAGCCGUCGAACUACUUUUACGCAAUGAUGCCGUAUUUCUGAACGAAGUUGAUUUGAUCUGCACUAUGAAAAACGUUCACGGAAAUCGUUUCGUCAAACUGUGCAGACGGAAAUUAGCGGCUUGGUUGAAAAUCAAGGUGCUAUACCUUAGCGCAUCUUUGCGUCGGGAGCAUGUGGAUGUUGGAACAAAAAUUGUUACCGCUGGCCAGACUUCCAUAACCACAGACAUUCAAUAUUCGCAAGAAAUGUAUGAUAAAUAUGCAAUGGGAAUUCUGGGUGAUUAUCUUCCUUCGCUUUUGCGACUCGAGAUGGCAAAGGCUCUGGGUCUAGAGGAACACUUACCGUUCAAAGAAAUACCCGCUGGGAACCAACAGAAAAGAAAAGUUGGGGAGAUUUGCGACGCGGCCGAGGAUUAUUCGAAAAAUGUUCCUGCGACCUCCAAGGCUCCAGCGACGAAAAAGCUAACAACAGCCCAAAAACAGCUGCAAAAAGUGGACAAAUCCGGGAUGAAAACUCUUACAAACUACUUUACCAGAUCGACAAACAAAUAAUAAAACCGAAAACAAUUAAAAAUUCGGGUCAUAAAGUGUAUCACAGAUGGCACAACAAACGUCCAUGGACACUGACCACGUGGACGCAUUACUCGUCUGGACCAAACGUAAUCUGACCACCUCCUCCUUUCUUCAUCCAUCUCCGAUAGGCUUUGUACCUGGCAUUCUGCGCAAGUUCGGUUUUCAUCUUCUCAUCCUUUUCCUGUUUCCAUGUCUGCAGCGUAAAAAUAUCGAAUUACAGAAGCUGGCUUUUGGCGCAUUUUCUGCAUGAGACUAAAGUUCGCCGAUUAUUACAUGUUUUUAAUUGCAGAAUGUUUGUAAAAAAACAUGAUGGCAUAAUUCGGUAAAUAAAACUAUGAAUCGCAUCAAGAAGGCAUACUUUGAAGUUUUGUGAUAUCCAUAAUUCACGAUUGUACAUCUCUUCUUUCUCUUUUUCCGGUACAG